AUGCCGGCAAGUGACACUGCUAACUGUACUUUAUCAACCUGUCCUAUCGAUUCGGCAUUUGUGGAUUACCAACCUUCCAUUCCGGCGAACGCCUUGUUCAUCGGAGUGUUUAGUCUGCUUCUAUUGCUGCAGCUUGGCCUCGGGCUGUGGUAUCGAACAUGGAGCUUUGUCAUUGCCAUGAGCUGCGGCUUGAUUCUGGAAGUGUUAGGCUACAUUGGGCGUCUUAUAUUGCACCAUAAUCCAUUCAAUUUUAGUGGGUUUCUGAUGUACCUGAUUCCUCUCACGAUUGGACCCGCCUUCUUUAGCGCGGCAAUCUACCUCUGCCUCGCGAAGAUUGUGAAAAUCUACGGCGAGGGCAUUUCCCGCAUCCGGCCGCGAAUGUACACUUUGAUCUUCAUCUCAUGCGAUCUCCUUUCCCUGAUCUUACAGGCGGCUGGCGGAGCCAUCACAUCAACUGCCGAUACCCAAAGUCUUACCAACACCGGAAUCAACAUCAUGAUUGCUGGUUUGGCAUUCCAAGUCUUUUCCCUGGCCUUGUUCAUCUGCCUGUCUGCCGAGUUCCUCAUGCGUGUGCGAAGACACCCGAAGGAGAAGAACCCGACUACGGGGGCGCUGCGGGAGAGCAUGAAGUGGAAGUGGUUUUUGUUCGCCCUCACGGCUGCGACUGUCACCAUCUUCGUUCGAUCCAUCUUCCGGGUUGCCGAACUACAAGGAGGCUUUGAUAGCUCAUUGGCCAACGACCAGACUGCAUUGAUGGUUUUGGAAAGUACCAUGAUUGCUAUUGCCUGUAUUUGCCUGACAGGCGGUCAUCCAGCAGUCAUCAUGAACCGAAAUUGGAAUUCCAUUUGA